AUGGGCUUAGAACUUCAAACGAUAGCUUUAACUGGUCACGGAAUAGAACGUAAAUUAGAUAUAAAUGAAUCUUCUAUCAAAUUUUUACCAACUAUACCAUAUAUGGAAAUCCAGGAAAGAGAAUUCAUGAUUGAAAAUAAUUGCGAAUAUCCAAUAGAAUAUUUUUGGCAUCAUCUCGAUGAUCGAUUCAUACAAGAAGAUCACAUUGCUAAGAUACUUACUCACUAUUACGAUGUUAAGGAAAUCCUCUUACCACCUAGACAACUUGCAGAAGGGAUCCCAACUAUAUUAAUUGAAUUUUAUAAUGAUUUAGUCAAUGAAAUAGCUAAAGAACAAAAAUCUGAUGAGAUAAAUCACAUAGAGGAGGAAGAACUUCGAAAAGUAUCUAAUUUGAAAAGAAAAAAAUCACUUAAUGGCUCCGUUACUUUAUGGGACAUAAAAAGGGAUCGUCCUUCGAUGAUCGAUCAAUUAAACAUUGAAAAAUUGCUUCUCGAUCACAUCAGUAAUUUGCACAAAGAUCCAAAUUUUCAUAAGACCAUGAAAGAUCCAGUGAAAUGUCUGUUUGAUGAACUCGAACUCCAAUCCAUGUUGACAGAAAAGUUGGAAGAAUCAGAGAAACCAGAAAAGAAAGUUUGCAUUAUCUUUCACGGUGCACCUUUCACAGCUUACCAGGAAACGGCAUGUAGAAGUGCCAAAGCAUUAGGGAUUCCCGUGCUUUCUAUAGACACGGCUAUUUUAGAAAUAGCAGCUUUUAGCAAGAGCGAGUGUUCGGUCAAACUUAGACAAGCUAUCAAUGAGACUUAUCAGAAUUAUACUUCUAAAUUUUCUGAAAACAGAAUUCAAAUUCUUGCUGAAAAAUUGGAAACAACGCGUACGCAAAAGUCACGAUCUUCCCAAAAGAGAAAAAAAUCGGGUGAAACACAAAGAACAACGGAGACAUCGAGAUCCGAAAAGCACGAUAACGAUUUAAUAGAGGAGGAAAGAAUUUUACAUUGGACCGACGAACCUGAUCCUUUGGAAUCGUACGACAAAUUAUCACUCACUGAGGAAACAUUAAUUUCUAUGGAUAUUUUGAGUCAAUACGAACAUAAAUUAGAAGCUAUACGAUUAUUGGAAAAAAUUUUUCCAACAAAAAUGAUCACUGAUACCAUAAAGGAUAAAACGAACUUUCAUGAAAGUGACAAAAGUAGUAAAAAAAGCCAAAGAAAUUUUUCGGAAAUUGGUUCGGAUAUAUUAUUCGAAGCGUUAAGAGAAAGAUUAUCGGAAGAAGAUUUCGAAAGAGGUUUCGUUUUGCAAACUCUCCAUAAUAGUACCAUUUGCGACGAGAUCAAAACUUUAAAUAUUUUACUUGAUAUUGUCGGUCACAUAGAAUUUUUUCUUUUCAUUACCUUUUACAAUUCAGAAGACAUUUGCAAUUGGAAAAUUAAUGAGUUAAAACGAUUAAAAGACGAGGAAAUAGCCAAGAAUACUGCAAAGAAAAUUCAGAGAUCGAUGAGAUGUCACUGUCCGAUUACGAUCAACUUUCCGAGAAAGAUAAAAAUAUGUACCUUAAAGCAAUCUUGCCACUAAAAAAACAAGAAGCAUCGUUAAGGAGAACUCAAUUAUCUGAGAAAUUGGAUGCAUCAAAAGGAAA